CUGGCACGUUAAGCGUGGACAUCGGGAAGGGCCUUUCCUGGGAAUUGGGGUCCUCCAGGAAUGGGAGGCCCAGCCCUCUCCAACCCCCUCUCUAAACUAGGAAUGCUCCACAGUCGAACGCUUGGGUCUGCGGACGUGAACUAUUUCACCCCCAAACUUGCUGCAGUUUCGCAGCUAAGAAAUGGGCGCUUGAGAUCCUCUUGUACCCCUGCGUUUAGCGCAAAACCUUGACUCAUCUAGUGUAUCUGAAAGGAGAUUAGGGAACUGGCAGAUGUAGGAAGCUGAGAGUCUGCUUGUAAGUAUUUUGAGAAAAAAAUUUAGGGAGUGUGAAGACUCCCUUACGCAUACACCCCUUCUUGACUCGUUGCCCUCGUCCGUUUCUUCAUAACCAACAAAAACUAUUGUAGUUGAUGGCCUGGAGAUUUUACUGUGGUCGCUGAUACCAUGUCAGCGCAGAAGGUAUGGCAGAAGCGUGCUGUGUGCCUUUCUGCGACCGCCGAGGCCCUGGCCGGGUGCGAAGCUGCUGCUGCAGCAGUCUGCGGCAUCUUGCGGCCUUGACCGCUAGUGCGGUACCACGUUGUGCUGCUCCCAAAGCAAUGCCGGCUUUCACUGCAUGGAGCUGUCUUUUGCUGAUUGCUUAAUUAUUCGCAACAGAAACUGCAAUUACAGUGACAAGGAAAAACAUUAACUUUGGGGCUACAUCAAGAAUAGUACCAGUUACAUGGACAUUCCCUUCUACAGUUGCAGAAAAUCUUUGAUAAUUAGUUGAGAAAAUGCAGAAGAUUUUACAAACAGAUGAAAUUACCAAUACCCAAACUCUUAGAAAAGGAAAAAGGAAAAGGACAGAGACAAUGGAUUCAGAGAAUGCAAAUAGUGACAUGGAUAAAGGACAGAGAGACCCAUUUUCGGGAAAUGCUUUUCUGCCUGGGGAGAGCUCCAGUGAAGAUGAAGAACCUUUAGCAGAGUUGUCCAAGGAAGAAUUAUGCAUGAAAAUAAAAAAUCUGAAACAAAAACUAACAAACACCCGGAAAGAAAACAGCCGACUUCGACAGUCUUUGGUCAUGCUUCAAGUGUUACCACAGGCAGUCACCCAGUUCGAAGAAUUGGUUGGGAUGGCAGAGGCCCUCCUUAAGGGUGGUGGAACCAUGCCUACAGCGGCAUCAACCCUCUGGAGAGCAACAAACAACUCCUCACCAGAUUCAUUUGCUUCAACGUGCAGUAAUUCUAAUUCUAAUUCCAGUUCACCCAUUUCCCUAAAAGCUGAAGAAGAGCAUCAUACUGAUGAGAAACAGUUCAAGAUUGAAAAAUGGCAGAUUGCCCGUUGUAACAAGAGCAAGCCUCAGAAGUUUAUUAAUGAUUUAAUGCAAGUACUUUACACAAAUGAAUACAUGGCCACACACAGCCUGACAGGGGCAAAAUCUUCUACUUCAAGGGACAAGGCUGUAAAACCAGCAAUGAAUCAGAAUGAAGUUCAAGAAAUUAUAGGAGUCACAAAACAGAUCUUUCCCACCACAGAUGAUGUUUCCAUUAGGAGAAUGAUAGGGCAAAAGCUAAACAACUGUACCAAGAAGCCAAAUCUAAGCAAAAAUCCUAACUCUCAGGAUAUUAAGUAGUUCCUUUUGAUAACAUAGGUACCUGAAAAUGUACCCUCGGUUCAAUACUGACAUUGGAUUUUGUUGGAAAAUCUGCAACCUCCCUGGCCCUGAACAGAGAGAUCAUGACUGCCUGUGAGAUAACUGGGACAUCGCUGGGCUCUUCUGAUGCGGCAACAAGAUUGUUGAAGAAGCUGCAUGUAGAUUCCACCCUAAAUUCCAGUCAAAAAAGCAUGCAGAAUAGUGACUUUGGAAAUAUGCAUUUCCCCACUCCAAAAUGCUUUUCUAUGCCGCUAACUUAACAGGAUAGUGAGAGUUUUUAUCAUAGCAGCAAAGACUUCAGUCCUUAAGAUCCAUCCUUGUACUAAGCAAUCAUAAUACAUUUAUGGUUACCAAUAACUCCCCAUUUUAAUGUUCGGAUUUUCAGAAUAAGAACACAUUUGGAAAAGUAAGCAGUGAAAUAAUCAGUGUUCAGACAUAAGAACAGCAGAGUCAGCAUAGACUCUGAUAAUCAUAGCUAACCAAGUAAGGAUGUCUUUGCAAUAAAAUUAUUCUGUUAUCUAAAAAUGUGUAGUAGAACUAUGAAAGAAAUGAGAACAGCAAGACAUUUUCAUUUUAAUAUUAAACUACUCUGUCAAGGUCCUGAAAAAUAAAUAAAACCAAUUUGUGAUUGUCAAAACAAUGUAUUGGCUUUUAGAAAAAUCUUUGUUUCCUUUUCAUGUUUCAAUAUUUUACUGCCCAAAAUAUGUCAAGUAAGAAAUGUGAUAUAAAACAUCAGUCAAGAAUAUCCUUUAUUAACUAUAAUAUUCUAUGCAUUUGGUUGGUCCUAUUGUUACUCUGCUUAGUUCUAGUUUUUAGGUGAUUUUUAUUCAUUCUUAUUUUCUGAAAUAUGCUUUUUAUAGAUAUUAUAGGUACUUGAAACAAAGGACCUUCAGUUCAAAAUCUAACAUUGGAUAUUGUGUCAGAAGAAAGAAAAAGAAUUGAAGGCAAAAGUAUUUAGGUUUGAUAAAACAUACAAAAAGAAAAAUAUCAUAUGAAAAUAAAACAUUCUUCGUCAAGAGACUUCUCUGAUUUCAGAGCAUCACACAUAGCUAAUCUGCAGUACCAAACACCGGUGUAUAAGGAUGUAUUUCAAUUUCGGAGAGAGGAUACAUACAAUAAUUACACAAUUCAGUCCUGUGGACCCAGGGAGUAUUCCAUAAGUGUUGCUUGAUAACAAUGUUGUUGUACAAAACAAAUAUUCUUAAGGAAGUAAUUUAUGUCGACAUUUACUACUUACAUAUAAAUAAAUACCAUCAAAAACAAAAAGUAUUUGCUUGUUUC